UUGGUCCUCUGGCCGCCGCUCUGCGCGGCGCCGGCUCCGCCCCCGUCGGGUGUUUGUGGUGGGGCUGCGGAGUCGCCGAUCCCGCCGGAAGCGCCAGGACAAUGGGGACCCGGGACGACGAGUACGACUACCUAUUCAAAGUGGUGCUCAUCGGGGACUCGGGCGUGGGGAAGAGCAACCUGCUGUCCCGCUUCACCCGCAACGAGUUCAACCUGGAGAGCAAGAGCACCAUUGGCGUGGAGUUCGCCACCCGCAGCAUCCAGGUGGACGGCAAGACCAUCAAAGCACAGAUCUGGGACACCGCAGGCCAGGAGCGCUACCGCGCCAUCACCUCUGCGUACUACCGCGGCGCUGUGGGCGCACUGCUGGUAUAUGACAUCGCCAAGCACCUGACGUAUGAGAACGUGGAACGCUGGCUGAAGGAGCUGCGGGACCACGCUGACAGCAACAUCGUCAUCAUGCUGGUGGGCAACAAGAGCGACCUGCGCCACCUGCGGGCUGUGCCCACCGACGAGGCCCGAGCCUUUGCAGAGAAGAACAACUUGUCCUUCAUUGAGACCUCAGCCUUGGAUUCCACCAAUGUAGAGGAAGCUUUCAAGAACAUCCUUACAGAGAUCUACCGCAUCGUGUCACAGAAGCAGAUCGCAGACCGUGCAGCCCAUGACGAAUCGCCCGGCAACAACGUGGUGGACAUCAGCGUGCCGCCCACCACCGACGGACAGAAGCCCAACAAGCUGCAGUGCUGCCAGAACCUGUGACUGCCGCACACAGCCGAGUGUGCGCACAAGCCCCUGUCCGCAGCCCGCCCCUCACCGCACUGUCCUCCCUGCCCCCCCUCUCUGUCCCUCUGACUGGCUCCCGCCCGCCAUUGAACUCUGCGCAGCCAGGCCGGGGUCCCAGAAGAACAGGAGUCGAGUGGCACUUCCAGUCUCGCCCAAGGAGAGCUAGAAGGCCUGGCUGCUGCACCUGCUCUUCUUGGGUCCCAGUGGGCAUAUCAGCAGGGCAGGGAGGGUGGCAGGAUGGACAGGGCCGACCAGAAGCAAGGAGUCGGGCACACCGAGCAGGCUCCUCCAGCUUCCCACGGCAGACUCCAGGGAGUGAUUGCCUCUCUCCCUCUCUGGCCAGUUGGCCCAGCUGGCCCCCAGCCCCCACCCAGAACCCUCCUCCAGGCUGAAGCCCGAAGAGCAAGGCACCAGGGGGCCGGGCAGGUGGACACUCUGAGCCUCGGCACCCCUAUUCCCCCGCGCGCAGCCAGCAGCGGCACGCCUUCGACUGCUCCUGCCUGUAGAUUUCAGCUGGGAGAGACCCUCUCCCCACCUCCCCUCCUCUGCACGUGGCGCGCUCUCCACUCUCCCUGUGCCCUCCUCUCUGUCUUGUCUCCCUGUCUGGUCAGGAACCCGUUUGCAAGUGAAGCAAUAUCUCCGUGUUUUGUAUAUAUAACUGCUCUUGUAGCCUUUGUUUUUUUGUUAUUGUAGAGAAACACAGAUUCUUUAUACACUUUGUAAGAUUUACGCCAAACCCUAGCUCUCGAUCUCUUAUUCUCCCUGUGGCCCCUGCACUGUUGCCCCUGCCUCAUUUCUCUCGCCCGUUACUAAAAUGUAUAAUCCGACUUCCUGUACAGAAACCUGCCGCUGCGCCUUUUGUCUUCUUUCUCUCCGCCAGGUGGCCACUCUGAGCCUAGGACCCUGCCGCUUGUGCCCUGCUGCAGGCCUCUGCCCAGCUCAGCCUUCCAAGAGCUGAAAGACCAGGCCAGGGCCCAGGGUGACUGUCAGCCCUAGCCCUGCCCAGGACGAUGUGGAGAGCCCCUGAGCUGACCAGGGGGGUCCAGGUGGCAUGGGCCCUCUCCAAGCUCCCCCUGGGGCAAGGAGGUGGGGAAGACUGGCAGUGUAUGUUAUAUUCCCUGGCCUGGCAACCACCUACUAGCCUUGGGACUGGAGGGUACCCCGUUGGAGGGGGUGACCUGUGCCACUGCUCCCCUUCCAAGUCUCAGGGUUAGGAAUGGGCAUACCCAGGUGAUGUUGGCAAUGCUGGCCUCACUCAGUUGUCUCCAUUCCAGACUGAUCUUUGAGGAGGGACCGACCGCUGGGGGGACACUAGUGAGGAGGAGGUAGGUGGCCUGGGGUUCCUCUGCCACUCCCCAGCAUCCAGCUUCUCCCCUUGUGCAUGUGGCAGGGCCGGCCCCAAAGCAACAUCCCACUGUGGAGGAGGGAGUGUCAUCCCCUAGCCCAGACCUUUGCUGGCCUCCCCAACCCCUGCACUGACCACUUGACCAGUGUGUAUCCUCUCACCAGAGUGUUGGCAGCUCUUCUAGAAGCUCUAGCCCCUGGCUGAAGAGGCCACUUGUGCCCUUGCCAUCUAGGAGAGCCACCAAGAGGGAGGUCCAUCCUGCUGACCCCAGGCUCGGCACCCUGCCCGGAGGAAUGCGCAAACCCAGACUCAUUUCUCGGGGGGCUGUUCAGAUGGGAGUAGAGUGAGCAGGGUGACUGCCCCAGUCUGGCUGGAGUCUGGGGGACUUGGAGCUCCUGGCCUGUGCACACACACCGCGAGGGCACUGACUCCCCAGGGGUUGGCCAGGCUAGGGCUUCAGGAGAGCCAGGUGAAGCAGCGAGGCAAGCUUGCUCGCUCUAUGCCAGGCCCUGUUCUUGGGUCUUUUUUUUAAGGAGAAAGUACACAUAAUUCACCAUUUUAACCAUUUUUAAGUACACAGUUCCAUGGCGUUGAGUCCCUUCGUGCUGUACAGCCAUCCCCGCCAUCCAUCUCCAGAACACUCCAUCUUACGAAAGUCUGUCCCCAUUAAACACUGACUCCUCAUCCCUCCCACCCCAAGCCCGUGGCAUCCACCAUUCUAAUUUUUAUAAAUUUGGCUCUUAAGCCCCUCAGAUCAAAGGAAUCGUAUAUAUGCGUCCUUUUGUGGCUGGUUUAUUUCACAGAGCAAGAUGUUUCCAAGCUUCAUGUAGCGUGUAUCAGAAUUUCCUUUUUUAAGGCCAAAUAAUAUUCCAUCGCACGACCAUUGCACUUGUUUAUUCAUCCUGCUAUACUUGGGUUGCUUCUACCUCUUGCCUACUGUGAAUCACGUUGCUAUGGAACUGGAUUUGUAAAUACUUCUUCAAAAUCCUACUUUUAAAUCUUGGAUAUAUACCCAGAAGUGGGAUUGCUGGAUCAGACAGUAAUUCUUUGAUUAAUUUAUUGAGAAGCCCUGUUAACCUGAAUAAAUUCUGACAUGAAGAGGACAACAUAGGUCCACAAAAAAACAAGUCUCUAACAUGUCUUUUAGUAUUCACAGCCCUGGAGGACAGGCAUAGUUUACUAGUCCCGUUUUAUGGAUGAGAGACAGAAAUAACUGUCCCACAAUUAAAAGCAAGCAGUUUCAACCCAGAGCUGU